ACAUGCAGGAUCAACAUAAGUAAAUAGAGUUCAAAUACAAAGAACAUAUAACCAUAUUGGUCAUCAUGUCUGCAUUGUUAAGCUCACUACUCAUUCUCUCAUUAUUCUCAACAGGAAUUUCACUAAGUUCAAACUACUAUGAAAAAACAUGCCCUAAUGCAGAAUCACUCAUCCGAAAAGCAGUGAGGGACGCCGCGACAAAUGACAAAAAAGUCCCUGCGGCAUUGCUUAGGAUGCACUUUCAUGACUGUUUCAUAAGGGGGUGUGACGCUUCGGUUUUGCUGGAUUCGAAGGGAAAAAACACUGCUGAAAAAGAUGGACCACCAAAUGUUUCUUUGCAUGCGUUUUACGUCAUCGACAAUGCUAAAAGUGCAGUUGAAUCUGCAUGCCCGGGAAUAGUUUCUUGUGCUGAUAUCUUAGCUUUAGCAGCAAGAGAUGCGGUUGUGCUGUCUGGAGGGCCAUCCUGGGUUGUACCUAAGGGAAGAAAAGAUGGAAGAACAUCACUAGCCAGUGAAACCAGACAACUCCCUGCUCCUACUUUCAACAUUUCUCAACUUCAACAAAGCUUUGCUCAAAGAGGUUUAUCUUUAAAAGAUCUUGUAGCACUUUCAGGUGGGCAUACUCUUGGUUUCUCCCAUUGCUCAUCAUUCAAAAACAGAAUCCACAACUUCAACUCCACAACUGAUGUUGACCCUUCAAUCAACCCUUCAUUUGCUGCAAGUUUAAAAAGCACUUGCCCAGCCACCAACAAUGCAAAGAAUGCAGGAGUUCCAAUGGAUCCUUCUUCUACAAGUUUUGAUAAUACAUACUACAAACUCCUCUUCCAACAAAAAACAUUAUUUUCUUCGGACAAAGCUUUGCUUGAUUCCCCAAAAACAAAAAAUAUUGCCGCAAAGUUUGCAAGCUCAAAAGGUGCAUUCACAAAGGCAUUUAUAAAGUCCAUGAUCAAGAUGAGUAGCAUUACAGGUGGUCAGGAGGUUAGGAAGAACUGUAAGGUGGUAAACUAGACAACCGCGUAUAUCAAAUUUCAAUUAACGUAUAUUAAGUACUUGGUGUCCAGUUCAGAAACGGUGAUAAGCUAGUUCUUUCUAGCAAGUUAAAACGGAGUCUUUGCAAGAAUGUGACAUGGUCAUAUAGAAUUAUACUGCAAAUAAACUUGAUAGAUUACAAGGG